AUGAAAGGUAAAAAGGUCGUCAAGACGAAGGGAGACCUGAAGGUGAUGACUAACAGGAAGCUGACCCAUAUCAAGUGGAUGGACAAGAAGGAGAUCAACGUGCUGACGACCAUCCAUGACGCCUCUUCACAGCGCACAGACCGUCAUGACAGAGAUGGCAACCUUGUAGACAAAUUCAAGGCUGUGAUUGACUACAAUAAAUACAUGGGCGCUGUGGACCGGUCAGACCAGAUGGUCCAGUAUAGUUCAUUCAAGAGACGGACUAUGAAGUGGUGGAAAAAGCUGUUUUUUCAUUUGUUUAUGCCGGCAGAAUUGAAUGUGUACCUUCUGUACAAGGCCACAGCAGCAGCAAACAGGGCGAGAUCCAUUAGCCACUGA